CCGAAGGAACAAACUACCCGCCUUUUAACCUGCAGACAAAUCCGGGUGGAAUAUUCUUUGCUUCUUCACCGGUAAUGAAGUCAAUAAGAGUGGCCUACCCUGACGACAUUUAGUCGUAGGAGUUUGUUGUCAGUUCAGCUUAUUGGCCUCUCAAAAACACAGAAGACAAAAAUAAACCAAACGGAUGUUGUUUUUAGUUCGUUCGACGACUCUUACUAGACAUUGCCGGAGUUCUCUUACCUGGAGCCGUGCUGUCAGCAAACUAUUGGCCACAAGCACACCCGUGACCAUGCCAAACCAACGCCCUAGUUCUGAUCUGGCGGCUUUUCGUGAUAUCUUUGGUAAAGCAAAGAAAAUAGUCAUAUUAACAGGUGCUGGAGUGAGCGCAGAGAGUGGUGUGCCUACGUUUCGAGGCCCUGGUGGCUUUUGGAGAAAAUGGCAAGCUCAGGAAUUAGCUAGUCCAACAGCAUUUGACAGAAAUCCGUCAUUGGUCUGGGAAUUCUACCACUAUCGGCGUGAGUUGAUGGCUAACAAGCAACCUAACAAGGCUCAUAUUGCCAUUGCUGAGUGUGAACAACGCUUGGCAAAACAGAACCGCACAGUGUCUGUGGUCACUCAAAAUAUAGAUGGACUCCAUCGCAGAGCUGGUUCCACAAAUAUCAUUGAACUUCAUGGUAACUUGUUCAAGACAAGGUGUACUAACUGUGGAGAAGUUGCUGUGAACAAUGACAGCCCAAUUUGUGAGGCUUUAGCUAACAAAGGAUCUCCUGAUCCAUCUGCAGAAGAUGCUAGAAUCCCUAAAGAACUUCUUCCACGGUGCAAAACCUCCAGUUGUAAAGGUCUUCUCCGUCCUCAUGUUGUUUGGUUUGGAGAAAGUCUUGACCAGAAUGUCUUGAUGAAAACUAGAGAGGUUCUUGAUUCAUGUGACCUUUGCUUGGUUGUUGGUACUUCAUCAAUUGUCUACCCAGCUGCCAAGUAUGCACCAAUGCUAGCAAGCCGAGGAAUUCCUGUUGCAGAAUUCAACACUGAAGAGACUCCAGCCACAAACUCACUAGGCUUUCACUUUGAAGGCCCAGCUGGAUCUACCUUGCCACCAGCCCUGGCAAAACAUGAAAAUGAACCAGAAUAAUAAUCUGAAAGAACAUGACCACCACCACUACUAUCUUUGUAGGAGAGUUGGUUAAGUUCAUUUGUCAGAAGGGUAGAAGAACUCUUUCAGAUCUUGCCUCCAGCCCAAGGGAUAAUAACAUUCAUAUUUCUGCUUCCACUUUCAAAUGAAGGACAACAGCCAGAAUUGUUAUCUGCUCUCCUUCCUCACAGCAAAUGAAUUUAUCCAACUUCUCUUUUGAGUCAUUUUUGCCAACAUAGACCAGAACCAAUUUCCUUGAAUCUUGAAUUUGUUCUUUGUUCAACAGUCGCAUUUAUAAUUUAUUCAAGGCUAUCUCUCUCUCUUUCGCUCGCUCAUUCUCUCCUCUCUCUCUCUCUAUAUAUAUAUCUAUAUAUCUAUCUAAUCUAAGGUCCAAUCUAUAUAUAUAUAUCUAUCUAAUCUAAGGUCCAAUCUGUAUAUGUAUCAAUAAGAAUUUAAGAUCCUAUAUUUAUAAUUUAAGGAUACAUAGAGUAAGUAUUUAAAACUGCAAACAAAGCAUGAAGUGUUUUGGUAAGAAAUUAUUUCUUUCUGCAGUAAAAAUAACAUUUUUUAAUAUUUAUGAACAGAAAAAUAACCAACUACUACUGAAAAAAAAAAAAAA